AUGCUGGCAGUCAAGAAAAGUGAGACAGGCUACCUGCAGACAGUGAGACAGGCUGCCUGCAGGCUCAGUGAGACCUGCAGGCUCAAUGAGACAGGUUACCUGCAGACAGUGAGACAGGUUACCUGCAGGCUCAAUAAAACAGGUCCAAUUGUCCUUGUCCACCACCUGUGUUCCUGUCCACCCCCUGUGUCGCUGAGGCCCAGUCCACCCCCAGUGUCUCUGUCCACCCCCUGCGUCCCUGUCCACCCGCUGUGUCCCUGUCCACCCCAGUGUCCUUGUCCACCCCCUGUGUCGCUGAGGCUGCCCUGUGUCCCGGCUGCCCUGUCCACCCCCUGUGUUCCUGUCCACCACCAGUGUUCCUGUCCAACCCCUGUGUCCCGACUGCCCUGUCCACCCCCUGUGUUCCUGUCCACCCCCUGUGCCCCUGUCCACAACCUGUAUACCUGUCCACCCCCUGUGUACCAGUCCACCCCGUGUGUCCCGGCUCCAUGUCGACCCCCAGUGUCCUUGAGGCCCUGUCCAUCCCCUGUGUCUCUGUCCACCCCCUGUGUCUCUGUCCACCCCCCCGUGUUCCUGUCCACCCCCAGUGUCCCUGUCCACACCAGUGUUCCUAAGGCCCAGUCCACCCCCUGUGUCCCAGCUGCCCUGUCCACCCCCUGUGUCCCCGUCCACCCCCAGUGUCCCAGUCCACACAAUGAGGCCCUGUCCACCCCCUGGGUCCCUGUCCACCCCCUUUGUCCCGGCUGCAGUGUCCACCCCCAGUGUCCCAGUCCACACAUGUUCAUAAGGCCCAGUCCACCCCCUGUGUCCCGGCUGCCCUGUCCACCCCCUGUGUCCCGGCUGCCCUGUCCACCCCCUGUGUCCCCGUCCACCCCCAGUGUCCCAGUCUACACAGUGAGGCCCUGUCCACCCCCAGGGUCCCUGUCCACCCCCUUUGUCCCGGCUGCAGUGUCCACCCCCAGUGUCCCUGAGGCCCUGUCCACCCCCAGUAUCCCUGAGGCCGUCCACCCCCUGACUCCAUGUCUACCCCCAGUGUCCCUGUCCACCCCCUGUGUCCCUGGGGCCCAGUCCACCUCUUGUGGUCAAAUUGUUAUAUAA